AUGAAAAAUAACAAAUAUCACGUUUUUAAUAUACUAAAUAAGGAAAAUUAUAUUAUUGUUUAAUAUCUCCUAUCCAGAUCAAAACUUCUAAAGAGGAAAAAGCCCUAUACGAGAUUUUAUAUUAUAUAAUCUAAACAAUAUCCGAAUAAGAUUUAUACUAUUAAUUUGACGAAACUACAACCCGUUUAAAAUAAAUAGAAUUCGUAUCAUUUGGAGUAAUAUGUAUAAUAUCUUUAUUUUCAUGUUGUAUAGUAACCCGUUAUUCAUUUAUUAUUUCUUUUUCUUUUGAGAAUCCUAUUAAAGCAAUAAUCGAAAAAAUGA